CUCUGCCUGAGCUACGCAGAGUGUGUGCAGCCCCGAAAGCAGGCUCGAUGAUGAACCGAGCAACAGAUUAGACAACACGAUAUCUCAAAGCAAAGCGACGAAGAGUCAGAUCCAAUGCGUGGCUGAUGUGAAAACCUUGAUCGGAGGGAUCGAUCGCUGUGGGACGAGCAGACUGGAGUGAAGGAGCAGGACUUUUUUCUCGCCCGCUGCUCCUGCUGCUGCUGCUCACGUUGAACACCAGAUGAACAACUUCUGAAAGUCGAUCAUUGCAGUUUUCAACACGAGUCUUCAUAACAACAUCAUGGCCGUCUCGUCAUCAUCACCCAGUCUCCUUCUCCUUCUCCUGGUUUCCUCCCUGGAUUGGCUGUCUGCUCCGGGAUCUGGAUUUCUUGUGGGUCAGGACCCUGUGACAUCAUCAAACCAAAGAACUUUCUACCACUUGACAAUGGAGUCUCCCACGUCUUUUGAUUUGUCUGAACCACAUUUCACAGAGUGCAUAUCCAGAGACUGGGAGACGUUCCGGUGUUGGUGGAAUACAGGUGACUUCAACAACCUUUCCCCACCUGGAGCACUCAGAGUCUUCUACCUUAAGAAAAACUCCCCCACCAGUGAGUGGAAAGAGUGUCCAGAGUACAACCAUGCAAACAGGGAGUGCUUCUUCGAUGUGAAUCACACAUCUGCCUGGGUCCCCUACUGCAUGCAGCUCCGCAGCCCAAACAAUGUCACCUAUUUCAAUGAAGAUGACUGUUUCACCCUGGAGAACAUCGUACGUCCCGACCCUCCAGUGUCUCUGAACUGGACUCUGCUGGAUAUAAGUCCCUCUGGACUAAGCUAUGAUGUCAUGGUAAACUGGGAGCCCCCACCCUCUGCAGACGUCAGUGCAGGCUGGAUGCGUGUAGAGUACGAGAUCCAGUAUAGAGAGAAAAACAGCACAAACUGGGAAGCAUUGGAGAUAGAGCCACAAACCCGGCAGACAGUCUACGGCCUGCAAAUAGGAAAAGAGUAUGAGGUGCACAUCCGCUGCAGGAUGAAGGCUGUUACAAAGUUUGGAGAAUUCAGUGAAUCCAUCUUUAUUCAAGUGAAUGAGAUACCUAACAAAGAGUCUACCUUCCCGCUCACACUGGUGUUCAUUUUCGGGAUCGUAGGAAUCCUCGUCCUCAUCUUGCUCAUCAUAAUCUCUCAGCAGAACAGAUUAAUGAUGAUUCUGUUGCCGCCCGUUCCUGUACCCAAAAUAAAAGGCAUUGAUCCAGAGCUGUUAAAGAAGGGGAAGCUGGAUGAGCUGAAUUUUAUCCUGAGUGGUGGAGGGAUGGGUGGCCUACCAACCUACGCACCUGACUACUAUCAAGAUGAGCAAUGGGUGGAGUUCAUCGAGGUUGAUGCCGAGGAUGCAGACGUUGGAGACAAGGAGGACAACCAAGGUUCAGACACCCAGAGGCUCCUGGGUGUGCACCAGCCUGUCAGCCACCACAUGAACAUCGGGUGCUCCAAUACCAUCGGCUUCCCAGAUGAUGACUCAGGUCGGGCCAGCUGUUACGACCCAGAUCUACCCGACCAAGAUGCGCUGACGCUGAUGAUCACCCUGCUGCCAGGCCAACCUGAGGACGGAGAAUCCUCCUUCAAUGUUGUAGAAAUAACCCCAGACGCAGAGAGACCUCUCCUUCAAACCCAAAGUGGAGUGCCUCAGACGUGGGUCAACACAGACUUCUACGCUCAGGUGAGCAAUGUGAUGCCCUCUGGAGGAGUGGUUCUUUCACCAGGCCAGCACCUUCGAAUCCAGGAGAGCAAUCCAGCCAUAGAGGAGGAGACACAGAAGAAGGGAAAAGAGCACAAAACAGAUGAGGAGGAGGUGGAAGGGAAAAAGUUGAAGGAGUUGCAGUUUCAGCUGCUGGUGGUGGAUCCUGAAGGGAGCGGAUACACCACAGAGAAUAAUGCCGGGCAGAUUAGCACGCCCUACAGCUCACCAACACCCGGCGAAGGGUAUCAAACCAUACACCCUCAGCCGGAGACUGAACCUGCCCCUGUAGCAGAGGAAAACCAGUCCCCUUACAUUGUUCCUGACUCUCCCCAGUGCCCCUUCUUCACCCCUGUUGCAGACUACACAGUGGUGCAGGAGAUGGACAGUGAGCACAGCCUGCUCCUCAACCCCCCUCCACCCCGCCAGUCUCCCCCUCCCUCUCUAACACAGCAGCACCCCCUCAAAGCUCUACCAGCUAUGCCUGUCGGGUACAUCACCCCAGACCUGCUGGGGAACCUCACACCGUGAAAUGACAAUGCCGCUGACGGCCUUUAAGGUGUAAGUCUGUUUGACCGCAAGGUUCCCUGCAUUCACAAACGCUUGUCUCUACCUGAUUCUGCUGGAAACCAAAAAAAAACUUGCUGCACAGAAUGUGGAUGGAGAGUACAGGUGUUUUAUUUCAGAGGGUGCUGAAAGGGAGAUGUGACAAGCUGUAUGAAUGACUUUUUUUACUUCUGCUACAUCAGUUAAUUUGACGCAGGGGUGGGACAGUAAACACCGCAAACCAAACGCACAGCUGGCUUUUUUGACAAAUAUAAGGCUUAGUCUGGGACAGUGAUGAGUCAAAAACAUUAGCCCAGAGCUUAACUGCCUUGGUUUGCAAUUCUACUUUGGCUAAUCAUGUAACGCUUGUGUGAAGGCCCUAAGCAGACAUGCAUCCAUACUUUUAAUAAACUCCAUUUUCUCAUGAUAACAAGUGAAGAUUGAUCUUAGGGCUGUUAUGCCUUCAUUAGAGAUACAGGUCAGCAAACAGAGCUGGAAACUUGGCAGAAAUAGAGGGAGGCAACAGUCCUCAUACAUGGGACACACUGAUGUAACCACUAGACUACCAGUGCCUCUCUUUUACAUUAUUAAAGGACUGAUUUUUCUCAUUAUCUUGACUUGAAAAAGCUAAUUUUUUAUUCUGAUGGUUGGAUACAAUACUGGUGCAACACUGUUAAAAAAAGUGUCAAAGAGGAAAAAGUCACUCUAGUAAGUGUGCAGGUGUUACCUUUUCUUGUUCACCAUACAGAACCUUUUGUCAGACUGCUCCCUACCCCCCUCCCCCUCUCGUCACCUCUACUCUGUUUUCACGCUCUCAUGGAGAAUCCGCCACAUUGAGUGCCAUCCAAAACCUUAGAGUGUGGAGUGAGAUUGGGCUAUAGAGAUGCUGACUUAGGCUGGCCACACAAUGGACGAUUUUCAAAUCUUCAAUGGUUUUAAAAUCGUGGGGGACUGCAGACAUGAGGACAGUGUCAAAUGACUUUUCAUCUUAUAAUAAGAUGACUCAGCCAGACUCUAAGGGCGCAUUCACACUGGUGCUGUUUGGACCGCUUUAAACGAACUUUGGUCAAGUUUCCCAGAUAGUCCGGUUUGUUUGUAGUGGUGUGAAAAUUCACACCAACUCUGGUAUGGAAUAGACAAGCAGACUCUGGUCCACAUAAAACAGGGAUCUCAGUUCACUCACAAAUGAACCCUGGUGUGGUUCGUUUGAGGUGCGAACGCACAGUGGACCAACUUAUGGACCAAAGGCAUGAAGUGGCAUAAGGCAUAAUGGUGUACGGAUUCAGAUAUGUGAUUUGAUACACUCAAAUACACUUCACUUGGCGUCCGUAUAGCCAUAGCAACAUGUCGUAGUCUCUCACUCACAUGUUGGUUGCCUUUUUCUUUGGUGUAGAUUUAUUCAUUUCAUGUAAAAAUGUGUUUUUUUCAUUGUUUAUGAGGAAUAAAAGACCAGGAGAAGGAGAUGGAUUUCCGGUUUCUUCUUCUUCUACGUCUCCUUUUCUUCUUCACCACUCUUUGUGAGCAUCACCAAAAACGUAUGGUUUGAUUUGUUUGAUCAAGGGCUAUGUGAAUGUGAACCAAACCAUAGGAAAGUGAAAUAAUGUUGCAAUUUGAGUUCUGAACUGAACAGAGUCUCCCAGACUAUCAGGUGUGAAAACGACCUAAGACCACUGACACCACACACCUGAUGAACUCCCAGCGGCCUUGUGUGUUCAUGUGACUUCAGAAGAAUGACAAACAUGUUUGUCCAUCCAUACCCUCAUCUUGCUGUUCCUCCACCACAGGCUGUCUUGGCAUGUGCUACAGGUGCAGCAAAAAUCAUAAAACAUGAAAAGAAUCAGGAUGAAAUCCUUUCUCGGUAAAGGUAUAGUUGUAUUAAUGCUUGUCAGCUGCAAGAGUAUGUAUGAUCCAGUUUGUCGCUGCUACCUGGUCUGUUAGCUCUCACUGGUUGUUUUUGGCAUUAAAUCGGAGGCACUACGACCUAGAAUCGUAAAUAUUAAACAUGUUUGAUAUUUGAAAUUCAGGGUCUGGGAGGCUACGACGCUAUUUGAAGCAGUAAACCAAUCAUGUUGACACAAGAGAAUUAUACAGACAAAUAGUGGUUUGUGACUAGGCUUUACAUGAGAUAAGCCUCCACAACCGUCAGGGGAGGCAAGAUUUCUUGCCUCAAAUUGAGCUUAAAAUCCAGCAUGUGUGGCCAGCCUUACUGAACAGGUAUAACAGGUUUCCGUGUUCAUCGUAGAGACAAUCUCUAUGUUAAAGUUCCACAUUAUCCAUUCAUC